AAUUUGUGUCUAUCGUUAGCUUAUUCCAGCUCAACGAAACACACUCAGUUCCAUAGCAGAGUUGGUGAAAUCAAUGGGCCACGAGAACGCCGCCGUUUCGGAGAAUCAAGUUCAACACCAUGAUGACAGCGCUGCGUCGUCGCCGGGAUUCAAGCUCGUCGGAUUCUCCAAGUUCGUUAGGAAGAAUCCAAAGUCUGAUAAAUUCAAGGUUAAGCGCUUCCACCACAUCGAGUUCUGGUGCGGCGACGCCACCAACGUCGCUCGUCGCUUCUCCUGGGGUCUGGGGAUGAGGUUCUCCGCCAAAUCCGAUCUCUCCACCGGAAACAUGGUUCACGCCUCUUACCUACUCACCUCCGGCGACCUCCGAUUCCUUUUCACUGCUCCUUACUCUCCGUCUCUCUCCGCCGGAGAAAUUAAACCGACCACUACAGCUUCUAUCCCAAGUUUCGAUCACGUCUCUUGCCGCUCCUUCUUCUCUUCCCAUGGCCUCGGCGUAAGAGCCGUUGCGAUUGAAGUAGAAGACGCAGAGUCAGCUUUCUCCAUCAGUGUCGCUAAUGGUGCUAUUCCUUCGUCGCCUCCUAUCGUCCUCGACGAAGCAGUUACGAUCGCCGAGGUCAAACUAUACGGCGAUGUUGUUCUCCGAUAUGUUAGUUACAAAGGAGAAGAUACCCAAAAACCCGAAUUCUUGCCAGGAUUCGAGCCUGUAGAGGAUACAUCGUCGUUCCCAUUGGAUUAUGGUAUACGGCGGCUUGACCACGCCGUGGGAAACGUUCCUGAGCUUGGUCCGGCUUUGACUUAUGUCGCGGGGUUCACUGGUUUCCACCAAUUCGCAGAGUUCACAGCAGACGACGUUGGAACCGCCGAGAGCGGUUUAAAUUCAGCGGUCCUGGCUAACAAUGACGAAAUGGUUCUUCUGCCGAUUAACGAGCCAGUACACGGUACGAAGAGGAAGAGUCAGAUUCAGACGUAUUUGGAACAUAACGAAGGCGCAGGGCUACAACAUCUGGCUCUGAUGAGUGAAGACAUAUUCAGGACCCUGAGAGAGAUGAGGAAGAGGAGCAGUAUUGGAGGAUUCGACUUCAUGCCUUCUCCUCCGCCUACUUACUACCAGAAUCUGAAGAAACGGGUCGGCGAUGUGCUGAGUGAUGAACAGAUCAAGGAGUGUGAGGAAUUAGGGAUUCUUGUAGACAGAGAUGAUCAAGGGACGUUGCUUCAAAUCUUCACAAAACCACUUGGUGACAGGCCGACGAUAUUUAUAGAGAUAAUCCAGAGAGUAGGAUGCAUGAUGAAAGAUGAGGAAGGGAAGGCUUACCAGAGUGGAGGAUGUGGUGGCUUUGGCAAAGGCAAUUUCUCUGAGCUCUUCAAGUCCAUUGAAGAGUACGAGAAGACUCUUGAAGCCAAACAGCUUGUGGGAUGAACAAGAGGAAGAACCAACUAAAGUGUUGUGUAAUUAACGUAUAACUGUUUU